CUUGGAUUUGGCACUAUACAACACAUUUGUGGCUGCAUGCCUUAGGAUGGCUGAAACAAACAAUUUACGAUUUAUGCGGGACAACUUUGAAAAGGAGCGAUAUAGUAAUGAUAAUAACGCUACUUUGUCUUCGGAGGAACAGUGCCAAGUAGAAGAAGAUGUUGCUAAAUGCUUUAAGAGGUUUAAAAACAUUGCUGAAUCAUAUCCAGAGCAGCCAGUCUUACAAAAAGACAUGCAUGUCAAAUUUUUAAUGAAAGGCUUAGAAAGUUUAUCAGAAUCAUAUGAAUGUUUAGACGCAAGUCGUCCUUGGCUCUGUUACUGGAUACUUCACAGCUUGGACCUACUGGGUGUAGUUAUAUCAGAUGAUAAAGCUUUAAAGAUUGCUAAUUUUUUAGGGAAAUGUCAAAGUCCUACUGGUGGAUUUGGAGGGGGACCCCUGCAGGAACCUCACCUGGCCCCCACAUAUGCAGCAGUCAAUGCAUUGUCAAUACUAGGCAAAUACACUGAGGAGGCAUAUGAUGUUAUUGCCAGGGAAAAAUUACAACAAUAUCUCAAAAGAAUGCACACACCAGAUGGUGGCUUCAAGAUGCACUUGGGCGGUGAAGUUGAUAUAAGGGGUGCUUACUGUGCUGCCAGUGCUGCUAGACUGACCAAUGUCAUGACAGAGAGCAUGUUUGAUAAAACUCCUGAAUGGAUAGUAAGCUGUCAGACCUAUGAGGGAGGAUUUGGAGGUUGUCCUGGUAUGGAAGCACAUGGAGGGUAUUCAUUCUGUGGACUGGGAGCUUUGAUUUUACUUGGCCAUGAAAAGCUGUGUGACAUCAAGUCUUUGUUGAGGUGGACUGUAAACAGACAGAUGGGGUUUGAAGGCGGCUUCCAGGGACGCACAAAUAAACUAGUUGAUGGUUGUUACUCCUUCUGGCAGGGUGGAGCAUUUCCUUUGAUCCAUAUGGUGCUUUCCAUGGACAGGGAUGUAUCACUUAGUGCAGAGAAGUGGCUAUUUCAGCAAGAGGCACUCCAAGAAUAUGUGUUAACAUGCUGCCAGCACCCAGCUGGAGGACUUCUAGACAAACCUGGAAAACCAAGAGAUUAUUACCAUUCCUGUUACUGCCUCAGUGGGCUCUCAGUGGCGCAGCACUUCGCAGCAGGCCCCAUAGGGCACAGUGUCGUCGUAGGGAAUCAAACCAAUAAUGAAUUGAAACCAGUGCAUCCAGUUUUUAAUAUAAGCACAGAGGCUGCAGUGAAGGCAACUCAGCAUUUCAACAAACUUCCUGUUCCCAACACAGACAGUGUGUGACUCUAAAGUAAUUAACCUUUACCUAAACAUUUGGCUCAAAGAGUGUAUGUUCUGAUUCAGGCAGUAGUGUUAUAGUACAGAAGAGAAAAGAUAAUUCAAUACUGGAUUUACGAUGGAAUGCAGCAAUGGACGAGACACAGGACAGGUCAGCAAGGCCAGUGUUAUGGGUUAAUCUUUUUCUUGGAAGAUUUGUAUCUUGUACCAGAAAUAAAAGUGAUGUAUAUCAAGUAUAUCACCUGCAACAUGGUUUAAAGCCAGAGACAUCUUGUUUUACUUUGAUUUUACUGACCUUACUGAACUUCCUUAUUUUUUGUUGUUGGGAUUUUAAUAAUUCCCAUAGAGUAUGUUUUGAAUGGGUUUGGCAGAGAAAACAAAGAUGUAAAGAUCCUCACUGAAAUUGACCUGAUAUGAUUGAACCUGACAUUUUAACAAAAUGGAAUUGUUCCAUUAUGGUUGUUCUUUAUCGAUUGUACAGUGCUUUUAAAAAACAACUUGAUUCAACAACAUCUGCAUGGUAAGAGGCCGCAUGUUGAGACCACUGUUCUCUGUCAAUAAAGUAACAGGCAGAACAAAACUUCUGUCAGGAAAAAAGGAAGGAUAGCGUUAUCCUAUAUAUCCAGAUUCCAACUAGUUGGAAAAGAGCUUGUUGUUAGUGAAAAACGAAAUGAUGUAUCUGAAUGUUUGAAGUGCAAUUUUGGUCUUUUAAAAAGAUACCUCAUGAUGUUACAUUUAGCAGUGAAAUGUAUUUUAUUGUUUCAGUAAGAGUUCAGUAAAGUAUGGUAUUCUGAGGUCUUUUUGUGUUUACAUUUUUCAAAAUGGUGUUUUAUUUCUAUGUGUAUAAUACCCAAAGGUCAUGGGAGAGUAUCAAUAAUUUGAAGUCUGCCAGUGUGAUGAACAUCAUAAAUAUUGAACUAGGCCUAGUGAGUGUCCAGCUGUUACUUUACUGCAGAUCUAAUCUGUAUCUGGUGUGCCAUUGUCUUGUAGCAUGCUACUUAUGUUUUAAGUGAUGUUCAGUUAUAGCUUUAAGCUCCCUUGUGUAAGUAGAUCAGUGACAUAGAUAUUGGAAAUGAUACUAAGGGUUUGGCUUGGAAUAUCAUGGCAGAAAUGUUGUCUAACCUUCCAAGUCUGGUCAAAUAAAAUCUAAAUACC